AUGGCGUCGUCUUUCCGCGUGGUUGAGCAUACCGUCACGGGAUGCCAUACCAGGGAGUAUGUCGCGGCGACUGCGCAUGGCGACUCCGACACUCCCAGGCUGGCGGUGAAGCAGUAUAUUCCGCUGGACAACCCCACGCCGAAGCCCGGCGAUGUUACAAUCAUCGGGGCUCACGCGAACGGGUUCCCCAAGGAAUUGUAUGAACCGCUUUGGGAGGAGAUACAUCGGCGGACGUCUCAGGCUGGCUUCCGCAUCCGCUCCAUCUUCAUCGCGGACAUAUGGAAUCAGGGGCAGUCGGGUGUCCUCAACGAAAAGAUUCUCGGAAACGACCCGAGCUGGUCCGACCACGCGAGAGACCUGAUGAAUCUCAUCAACCAAAAGCAAGACUCUAUCCCACACCCGAUUGUGGGCAUUGGCCACAGCAUGGGCGGCACUCAGUUAUCGCUCUUGUCCCUUGCCCAUCCACGCUUGCUCACAUCCCUUGUGCUUCUCGACCCCGUCAUCCAGGAACCAAACGGCAGCAUUGCCCCUGCGAUGGCGUCCACGCCGCGUCGCGAUGUCUGGCCGUCAACGGAUGCCGCCGCGACACGAUUCAAGGGGAGCAAGUUUUUCCAGUCGUGGGAUCCUCGAGUCCUCGACCGCUGGAUAGAGUACGGCCUCCGUCAAGCCCCUACGGAGCUCUAUCCUGCUGAGGGUGCCGCGGCAAAAGAUGAGCGCGUCACGCUUACAACCUCGAAGCACCAAGAGCUGUUUACUUUCCUUCGGCCUACGUACCGGGGCGUUCCCGGGGAGGAGUACCUCGACAAGGAUCCCGCGGCCGACGAAGAGUAUCCCGGGUACCCAUUCUACCGGCCCGAGCCGCUCCACGUCUUCCAGCGCCUGCCAGAGCUGCGGCCCAGCACUCUUUACGUCUUUGGCGACAAGUCAGACCUGUCGCCGCCGGCACAGCGGCAGGCCAAGAUGGCACGAACGGGGACGGGAGUGGGAGGCAGUGGCGGAACUGGCGCCGGUCGCGUCAAGGAGGUUGUUCUCGACUGCGGCCACCUCGUCGCGAUGGAAAAGGUGACCGAGUGUGCGGACGCCAUCACCGCGUUUCUCGGGGACGAAAUGGCGCGGUGGCGACGGAACAAGGCCGACUUUGAAAAAUAUUGGAACAAGAAGUCGAGGACGGAGCAGAUUACGAUUGACGGGGAGUGGGCUAACAAGGUGCGUCCAAACGACACAUCGGCUGGGACGACGAAGCUUUAG